AUGAUAAAAGAUCUGACUAAAGGUUCAAAAUAUGUUUUCGUCAAGGGUCGAAUCAUUCGCACUUGGGUUAAACCAGAGCACAAAAAGAAAAAAGAUGAAAAUAACAAAGAGGAAAAAAUUAGUAGCAUAGAACUAAUUUUGAUGGACGAACAGGGAGACAAGAUUGAAAUAUCUUGCCGAAAGAAUCUAAUUGAUACAUUCAAAAAUCUCAUAAAGCAAGGCGCGUUUAAAGAGUUCCACACUUUUGGCGUGAAUGAGAAUUCAGGAUCGGCAAGACUUCAAAAUGACUUCAUAAUUACACUUAACUACUGUUCUCAAAUUAGUGACUCCGAUGAGUCGGCUAUACCUGAGCACGGACUGAAUUUGGUUUCAUUUGAUGAUAUUUUAUCAAAAAAGAUUCCAAUUGUCUACUACAUUGAUUUUAUUGGAGAAGUAACAAGUUACAAUCCUUUUACUAUAAAUGAUAAUUCGAGAUUUAUGACUUUGGAAUUGAUUGAUUUAGAGCAUAGGACUAUAACGUGUGUAAUAUGGGACAUGUAUGCGGAUCACUUUCCAGCUUAUGCAUCUAUUAAUGGAGAAAAGGGUCCAAUCAUAAUUGUGGUUCAGUUAGGACAAAGAAUUAGUUAUCAAGGGGUGGUUCGAGUUUCUAUCUCUCGAUAUGCAACAAGACUAUUCAUUAAUGAGGAUAUUCCAGAGAUAAAAUACUUCAAGCAAAGGAGGGCUGCUUUAGGAGAACCAUCACUUUCUAAAAAGUUGUCAAAUGUCUCAACAGAGACAAAUGAAUUUCUCAAGGAAGAGUAUAUUAUUGACAUGUGUGAUCUUGUGGAGUCUAGGAAGCCUGGUCUUUAUGUUUGCUAUGGCACAAUCGAAGAUAUAGAUGUUGAAUUAGGAUGGUACUACGAGACAUGUAAGAUAUGCUUUAGUGGAAUUAAUAAAAAGCAAGAUGGUGGUAUGAGGUGCAAGAAGGAAAAUCAUAUUGUCAAAUAUCCUGUCCCAAGGUAUAGAGUUAAGAUAAUUGUGACAGAUGGUACGGGAGAUGCAACUUUCGUUCUUUUUGACAAGGAAGUUCGAAAAUUUGUUGAUAAAUCUGCUACAGAACUAUUAAAGUUGCAUAAAAAGGACGAUGAAAGCUUCCCAGAGGAAUUUUUGGUAUUCUUGGGAAAAAAGUUGCUUUUUAAAGUUGAUCUUCAGUACUACUAUAACUACAAUCAAAGCCUUACAUUUACUGUCGUCAACACAACUGAUGAUCAAGAUGUCAUUGGCAAGUGGAUGGGAAUGUAUAUCAGAAUGGAGGAUGAUCGGACAGUGAAAAAACAAAUCGAGGCUGAAAGUGUCAAGGAAAUAGAUGGGGCUCAAGCCACAAGUACGCGUGAUAAUGAAUCUACCCCAACAUCUAAAACACCCUUGAAGCGUGGUUUAGAAGACCCGAAUUUGCUUGACUUAAGUUGUGAAGACUCAAAGGUGGAUGCACAAUGUUCAACCUCCAAAAAGCUAAAGGAAGUGGAGACGAACUAA